GGCCCGUGGAGGGGGGGGACCGUGUGCUGGGCUGCGUGGGCGAAAUGAGGGGUCGGGGGAGUCGUGAAUGGGUAAUUCUAAACGCGGAUGCUCCCGCCCACGCGGUUGGCAUUUGGUAGAGGCUGCAGGCACCGUCCACUGAUCCCCCUCCCAUCUGCCCGGCGUCAGCUCUCCUCCUUUCCAACACUCCCCUUUCAAAUCACCGCCUUCCCAUUGGUCCCCGUGUCCGCGCUCCUUAUCCUUCGUCUGACUCUUCGCGCCCGAUCGGGUAUGUGGUCGACGACGCCGGGUAGAAUCGUAAAUUGGGCUCUCUAUGGCGCAAUGACUAUCUCCAUCAGGCGCGCCGGGAAAGAGAUUCCUUGGGUCCAGAACACUGCUCCGUACCCAGUUGUCGGGCAAUGGUUGUUGCUACGUCGAUGUUGCACUUGUUUUAGGGUGAGGCGCAGGCGGACGAUAACGAAGCCUGGAGCGCGAUAGUGCCCUGGGGCGCUAGCUGUCACUUCCUGCCCCUCUCCAAUCACAUUGUCAGUAUUUGUCAGGAGCCUUCGUGUCGCAGGAAUGGCUUGGAAUCCCGGCAGUUGGUCCGCCUCUGCAACUACCUACACAACAAGUAAUUCAUCGGCAUUCAUUCUUACUUUUGUCUUUUCUGACAUUGGUUCACGGCCCUGGCGCUC